CCCCACACCCCACACCCACACCCCACACCCACACCCACCCAUCCACACCCCACCCCACCCCCGCAGCCACAUCCAGAGCCAUGCCCCGCGCAGCCAUAGCCACAUCCCACACACCCACAUCCACUCACAGCCACACACCCAUAUCCACACCCAUAUCCACAUCCAUACCCCAGGAACCCACACCCAGACCCCAGACACCCACAGCGACACCUCACACACCUAGCAGCAGCCAAACCCACACCCCACACGCCCGCAGCCACACACUCACAUCCACACUCACAUUCCAGACACCCACACCCCAAACACCCAGCCGUGCCCACAUCCACGCGUACACCCGUACCCCGCACACAGGCACAGCCGCAUGCACUACCCGCACACCCAGCCACACCUACACCCCGCACACACAGGCACAGCCGCGUGCACUACCCGUACACGCAGCCACAGCUACACUCCACACACUGCCCGCACACCCAGCCAUAUCUACACUCCACACACUCAGCCACACUCAUACCCACCCACAGCCACACCUCACGCACCCACCCCCAGACACAAAGGGAAUGGCGACAAUAUUCAAACUGUUAGAUGCUGCAUCAGUUUCGUAGAAAGGUUUCAUUAAUGCCAUUUGAAUGUCUUUUUUUUCAUUUCAAGAGAAUGAAUAGACGUCGAAAGAAAAAAUUUUGAUUUCUUCAAGUCGAAGGACGAAAUCAGUCAGUAUUUUUACAAAGAUCAGAGAAAAAUUCUUUUUUAAUUCUUCUUUGGCUCAUUCGUUACAUACAAAACAUGCGGUUAGUAGUAGCUUUGUUUUUCUGCUUCUUCUUCUCAUGUGUACAAGGUUUGUUGAUGCAUUUCUUCUCAUUUCCUAUAUUUCACAGUAUAAACAAUAUUUAGGUCAAACUACACUAGCACCUAAUUAUUAUUGUAAUGAAAAUAAUAAUGCUGUCGAAUUUACAUUGUCGUCGUCGCCUCAUUCUGCAUGGCAACCAACAUUAAGCUGUUCUUUACCACAAUGUGAUGCAAGUUUGAAUGAUAACAAUAAGUGUCGUUCGUCAUCAACACCUUGUUUCGAAUAUAUUGCAGUCAACACUACUAGUUAUUGUGCUCCUGGUGCACUGUGUUCUAUUUUGAAACCAUGUGAUAAUGCUACUUAUAGUUGUGCAUCAAAUACUUCCGUAUGCAUCGUUAAUUCUUGUUGUUCACCACAAACAGUAUGUUUACCACUGUCAUGGACGAGUUUCUGUAAAUUAGGUAAAGACAUGCUAUUACUCAGAUUUGUGCAUGCGUAG